GUCGGCAUUAUUCGGGUAACUUCGGAAAAGCAUGGCUGACUUUGUGUAGACAAUUCAUUAUUAAGACAGUAGCUAAACUACUUCGCUUUGUCAACGUAGUUUUGAACUGUGUAAUACACCUACAGUAUUCUUGUGAGGUAGGUCUAUUUCAUGUAAAGAAAAACAGACUGAUUGAUAACUAUGUCAGCGAAGAAACUUUCAAAGAAGGAGUUGGAUGAUCUCCGUAAAAAGGAAGAUGAAGUGGCCACAGCGGAAGUUUUUAAAGACUUUGUGGCAUCCUUUGACGACAACCCAACAAUAGGGAAAACCUUUGUUAGGGGUAACAUCAUCGACCCAGAUACAAAGAGUGAAGCCACCUCACACGGUCCCAAGAUCUACAGACCAACCUCCAAACUGCAGGAACUUGCCCAGUCAUUCCAGUCAACGAAGAAGCUUAAGGAGGAGCGAGACAGAGAUAAGGACAAGUCAGAUCGGGAUAGAGCAAAAAAGAAAGGCGAAAAACCUAAAAGCAAUCUUGAGAUUUUUAAAGAGGAGCUGAGAAGGGUGCAAGAGGAACGGGAAGAAAGACAUCGGUUGAAAAAAGAAUUAAAAGAAAAGAUGUUGAGUGGGGAGGACCCUGAUCCUAUGUUGGAGUCCUUAUUAGCAAAACCUGAUCCAAUGGACGAGUUCGACAAGUCUCUCGGUUACGGUUCCCACGACAAUGGUGAUCCGCAGACCACCAACCUGUACCUGGGGAAUCUCAACCCAAAGAUGACAGAGAAGGAACUGUGUGAAAUAUUUGGCAAGUUUGGCCCGUUGGCGAGUAUUAAAAUCAUGUGGCCACGCUCGGAGGAGGAGGCUCAGCGAGGGAGGAACUGCGGCUUCGUCGCCUUCAUGCUAAGGAAGGAUGGCGAGCGAGCGCUCGAGACGCUACAAGGAAAGGAAGUCAUGUCCUUCGAAAUGAAGAUGGGAUGGGGAAAAGCCGUUCCUAUUCCUCCUCAGCCCGUUUACAUACCUCCAGCCAUGCUAGAGAUGACUCUUCCUCCUCCCCCCUCAGGAUUGCCUUUUAAUGCUCAAGCCCAUCCUAGAGACAAGCAACUACUCCCACCUCCUGGAAAGCAACCAACACUUGAGACAUUGGAAGAGCAGAGGCAGUGGGAUAAGCUACUAUCCAAUGCAGUAGUCAAGGUUGUGAUUCCUACGGAAAGGUCAAUGCUGUCUCUCAUUCAUCGCAUGGUGGAGUUUGUUGUGCGUGAAGGACCAAUGUUCGAGGCAAUGAUCAUGAACAAAGAACUAAAUAACCCCAUGUUUAGGUUCCUGUUUGAAAACCAGAGUCCGGCGCACGUUUACUACCGGUGGAAGACGUUCUCUGUACUUCAGGGCGACACACCAAACAAGUGGAGGGCAGACGAGUUCAGGAUGUUUAAGAACGGCUCGAUAUGGCGGCCGCCUCCCAUGAACCCGUACCUGCAGGGCAUGCCCGAGCCCGUCGAGACUCCAGACAAGGAGAGCCAGAAGAAGGGCCAGCUGAGUAACAGCCAGCGAGACCGGCUGGAGGACAUGCUGCGGGGGCUAACACCGGACAGGGUCAAGGUCGCCGACACGAUGAUCUUCUGCCUCGAACAUUCCGAGGCGGCAGAAGAGGUGGUCGAGUGCAUCGCUGAAUCUUUGUCCAUUCUACAGACUCCGCUGCCUAAGAAGAUUGCAAGACUGUACCUUGUGUCGGACAUUCUGUACAACAGUAGCGCAAAGAUUCCCAACGCCUCGUUCUACCGGCGCAACUUUGAGACGCGGCUUCCGGGCAUAUUCCGUGAUGUUCACACCACUUACAGCAACAUCUCAGGGCGGCUCAGAGCCGAGCAGUUCAAGCAACGCGUGAUGCAGUGCUUCCGUGCGUGGGAGGACUGGGCGCUGUACCCGUCCGCGUUCCUCAUCAAGCUGCAAAACAUCUUCCUCGGCCUCGUGGCGCCGCCAGAAGCUCCAGCCGAGGUCGCAAAGCCGCGCACGGACGUCGAACUCGACGGCAUGCCCCUGGAGGCGGACGUCGACGGCGUGUCGGUCGACGGCGUAGAUGGGGCUCCGAUGGAGGGCAACAAUGGCGACGACGUCGACGGCGUGCCGAUGCCGAUGCGCGACGACGAGGACAUCGACGGCAUACCGCUGAGCGUCGAGCCGCCGAAGCCGAAGCUCAUCAAGUCGAAGUGGGAGGAGGUCGACCCGACGCAGCUGGAGGCGCAAGCCGUGACAACAUCCAAGUGGGAGUUGGUAAAGGCAGUAGAGAGCAAGUCCAAGUGGGAGCAGAGUGAGGAUGAGCGUGAUAGACAGGGGAAGGAAGUCUCAAAAGAGGAGCGCGUGAGUGAGGAGGAGGCCGGGAGCCAGGACUCGUCCCCGCGGCCGCACGAGGUCACGCCGUACUCCCUCGUCCCUUACAAGGUCAGCAAGGAGAAGGAGGAGCUGAACGAGGAGCGGAGGCAGAAGCUGCGCGAGAUAGAGCUGAAGGUUAUAAAGUAUCAGGAUGAGCUGGAGGCCGGCAAGCGUUCGCGGAAGAGCGGUAUUCCGUUUGCGGAACAGGUGCAGCACUACAGAAAGAAACUGUUGAAUAAGGAGAAGGAGAAACAGGACGAGAAGGAUCGAGAGGCCGAGAUCGAGCGGCGCAUAGAGAAGGAUCGGGAGAAGGUGGACGAGUGGGAGCGGGCGCGCGAGCGGGAACGCAAGCGCGAGCGUCGUCGCAGCCCCGUCGAGCGUAGCGCGGCCGGCAGCCGCCGCGUCGUCGACAGCAGCAGGAGCGACAGCCGCUCGCCGACGCCGUCGUCGAAGCGACGCAGCAAGGGCGCGAGGAGCGCCUCCCGGUCACCGCCGGCCGCGUACAAGGAGCAGACGGAUUCGCCGCCCUUGUCCCGGCGCGGCAGGUCAAGGUCACGCUCGCCGCGAAGGUCACAGCGCCCAUCAAGGUCGCCAAAACAAUCGAAAAGAUCACGAUCGGGGUCAAGGUCACCACGACACAGGUCACACAAGAAGAAGACCAAGCGUUGAGUGGCGUCGUGGCUGGCAGUCGCUGGCAUUAUCUGUAAAUAUUGC